GCCGCCGGUGCUGUGAAUUCACUGCUAUAAAGUGCUCAUCGGUCGGGAGAAGAGAUGGGUUUAAAAGCUCGACUGCCACAGUGUCUUCAUUCUUCCUUCACUCCCCUGCGGCUCAGCGAUCUACCCCAGAACCAGUGUAACAGGCCGAACAGUCGACAUGCCUUCAAACAUGAUCAGCCCUAACGCAGAGUCAGUGCCGUCAUCACGGUGUCCAUUGGCCGAGUACGAGAAGAUCCUCGAGAGGAACCCAAUCCUGGCCCCCACCGGCUGCACAGACAAGUUUUGUCAAGCCGGGCGCCUGGUCCACACCGAUGAACCAAAAAUCGGAGACAACAGUCCCCUCGAAAUCGUGCAGAACGAGGCGUCGGCAUUCCUGUGGCAGCUUUGGCAGGAUGGAAUCUACACGGAGGACCACUACACUGAAAGGCGGGCACAAGUCAUGGCCGAUAUCGAUCGGUCGGCCAAGGACAAAAUCGUCUGGAACCAGGGGGUCAAAAGAGUUGGCAAAACGUCGACCUGGACGCAAACCUUCGAGGAACUCCAAUAUGGGCUGCGCCUGGCGUGGCGGAAUUCCCGCAAGUGCAUCAUGCGCUCCCGGUACCAGGAGCUGGAGUUGUGCGAUCUUCGACACGUGCAAACCAGCGUUGGAAUGGCCACGGCACUUCUCGAGGAGAUCACCAAGUCCUUCAAUGACGGUCAGAUAAGGCCCACAGUGUUUGUCUUCCCGCCCAAAUCCGUGGAUGGUGAUGGCCCCAUGUUCUGGAACAAGCAGAUACUAAACUUUGCUGCCGUAGACCUAACCACCGGCACACAGUAUGAACUCGAUGAUGGCUCAAUCCUCGGUGAUCCGAGCAAUGUCCAGCUGACCAAGGAUAUCAUCGACCUGGGUUGGACACCUCCCAGCCCGAGGACCCGGUGGGAUUUACUCCCGGUCGUGGCGAUGGCAGAGGACGAUGCCCCGGCAAUGGUGGAGCUCCCUGAUAAGCUACGCAGAUUGAUAGAUAUCGAGCAUCCCGACUACCCAGGCUUUGGCAAGCUGAAUCUCAAGUGGUACCAGUUUCCGGCUCUAAGCAGGCUGGGGUUUGAUAUCGGAGGGGUUCAGUACAUGGAUGCAGAGAUCGGCGUGCGGAACCUUGCCGACACGUUUCGAUACGACUCCUUGCCAGACGUGGCCAAGGCGAUCGGGUUCGACAUCGAUUCGUAUCGCCAAAAGCAGGAAUAUUCCGAAGUCCGAGCCAUGGAGGAUCUCCCCGAUUAUGAACAGCUUCGUUGGCUCAGCCGGGCCCAGGCAGAACUAAACUACGCGGUGCGGUGGUCGUUCCUCAAGAAGGGUGUCACUUGCGUUGGAACUCUCGCGGCAUCAUCGGACUGGUGCCAAUACGACGACGAUCAUGCUGCAAAAAACGGUUACCGGCUAAAUUCGGACCCCUACUGGAUCUCCCCUCCCCAGGGGUCCAUCGUUCCAGUGUGGCACCGAGGGGGUGCGCCAAAUUACCAACCAAAACCGAUGAUCUGUCGGAAUCGCUACGAUCCUGUCAAGUGCUGGCAACGCCGGAAGAGUGCCACCGACGCGGAGCCCGUUCGUCUUGUGAUCAGAGAGAAUCGCUGGGCAACAGAGAUCUUGAGUGCGUUUCCAAUAAGCUGGUCCGAACGCCAUGUCAAUCCAGCGAAUGAACGACUACCAGAGGCAAUGACCAACACCGUGCACAUCUGUUAUUGCAGCAAGGGGACAACAGCCCGCGUUCUGGCCGACAAAUUGCACCGCAGCGUGAAGAAAAAAUGUGCGAAGACGUCCCAUGUUAGUUUUACGUCGUUGAAUGCAUUGGAUCUGCAUCAAGUUGGUCCGUCGGACGUCAUACUUGUGGUAGCGGCGACAACUGGCAGCGGUGCCUUCCCGUCCAACGGUGAUGAAUUUGCGAGAUCAAUGGACCAGAUGCUCCACACCAUGGCGGCUGAUUUCUCGGGGCUGAGAGUUUCCAUCUUUGGCGUAGGAGAUAGCGCCUAUCCAAGGUUCAACGCCGCGGCGAUUGGCGUGUACAACUUCUUCAGGCAAUUUGGUAUCUUGCCAAUAGCUGGGGGCCUGAUCAAGGCGGACGUAGCGUCCGAGGCAUUGCCAUUGCGUCUGUUUAAUCGUUGGUUGGACGCGGUCGAGUCUUCUUUGACGGGAGGAGUUGGCGAGUUGAGGGAGAAUCCCGAGGAAGACUUCAUGGCGCAUGCUGUCAUGCUACGCCAGUUCAACGCCGCUACUCUUAUAUCCAAGUCAUCACCAACAACCGCAGAGAAUGAAGGGCUCAUUGUUGUGGCGCUUGACGGCAUCGAAUAUGCCGAGAUGCAACACUUGCGGCUUUUACCCACCAAUUCCUCGUCACAGGUAGCUCGAGCACUAGCCGCCUUGGGGAUCGAGGAUGCACAAGAGUCGGUGCCGUUUUGCGAUGAGAAGCUGCAACAGUGCUCUUACCAAGAUCUAUUUGCCGGCUUCCGACCGAUUGAUGGGGAUAUUAUCCGUUCAACAACGUCCCUGGCGGAGACACACCGCGUGUUGGACAUAUCGUGCCUUGUACCCAGUAACAAGGAGAAGAAGAGAGUUCAGGACUUCCUCUGGCUCAAGCGCGAUGAGAUCCGGGCGAAACUGGUCGAGGAGGAGGGGUAUGUCUAUGUAUGUGGAAGUGCCAGUAUGACGGAGGGAGUUCGGGCCAAGCUCAGGGAGAUUGUCGGGGAAGACCCGAAGGAGAGGCUAGGAGACCGGUACGUGGAGGAAGUCUUCUGAAGUGUGAUUUCGUAUGAGAUGAACUGCAUGCUCCUUCAAUCUCCGGUCCUGUAUAUUCCAAGGCGCCAUAAUGAGCAAGACUCCACCACAACAAGAUAGAACCUUACGUGACCUCCCACGUGGUAGAACGUGAGUGAGCUUGCCCGCCGGACAU